AAAGAUCAAAAGAGAAAGAAGAACAAUGAUGAUGUUACCAGAAGCUUGUGUUGCGAAGAUUCUGUCGUUAACAUCUCCGGCGGAUACAGUAUCGGCGGCGGCGGUUUCAUCGGUUUUCCGGUGUGCCGGAGACUCGGAUUUCGUCUGGGAUCAUUUUCUGCCGUUGGAUUACAUUGGCGUGAUUUCUCAGUCCGUUGAUCAUCUGAGUUUCUCCUCCAAAAAAGAGCUUUACCGACGUCUCUCCGAAUCCGUUCUCAUCGAAAAUGGCCGAAAGAUGUUCAAGAUCGAUAAAUUUUCCGGGAAAAUAUCCUACGUUUUAUCCCCGAGAGAUCUUUCCAUAGCUUGGAGUGAUCAACCUAUGACUUGGUCAUGGAGUCAUAGACAAGAUUCGAGAGUCGAAGAGACAAUCGAACUUAUAACUACAGAGAGAUUAGAGAUUCACGGAAAAAUUCGAACUGGAAUCUUAUCGCAGAACACAAGAUAUGGAGCAUAUCUUAUAAUGAAAGUGACGGCUCGCGCCUUUGGACUAGACCUAGUUCCAGCCGAGAUUUCUGUUAGAUCGGGGAACGAUGGUAAGGCGGAUAAAAACUCGACAUACUUAUGUUGCUUGGACGACAAGAAACAGCAGAUGAAGCGACUGUUUUUCGGGAACCGAGAAGAGAGGAUGGCGAACAUGGUUGCAGCGGUUGGAGAAGGAAAGCGGAGGGAACCGAAGGAGAGGAGCGACGGAUGGAUGGAAAACGAGUUGGGAGAGUUCGAGACGGGGAAAGGAGAUGAUGAGGAAGUGGUUAUGAGUCUUAUGGAAGUGAAAGGCUUUCAAUUGAAAGGUGGGAUUGUGGUUGGAGGCAUUGAAGUGAGGCCUAAACCCUAA